AUGAAGCUGAACAACUGUUUCCCAGCCACUGGCUGCCAGAAGCUCACUGUGGUGGACAAUGAGUACAAACUUCGUCCUUUUCAUGAGAAGUGCAUGGACACAGAAGUUACUGCUGACGCUCCAGGUGAAAAAUGGAAGGAGUAUGUCAUUCAAAUCAGUGGCAGGAACAACAAACAAGGUUCCCCCAUGGGGCAGCGUGUCCCAUGGGUACCCCAUGUCCACCAGCUGCUCAGUAAGGGGCAUUUCUGCUGUAGACCAAGGAGGACGAGAAAGCACAGAUCUGUUCAGCGCUGCAUCGUGGACGCCAAGCUCAGUGUUCUCAACUGGGUCAUUGCAAAAAAAGGGGAGAAAGAUACUCCUGGUCUCACAGAUGCUAAUGUGCCUCGUCACCCGGGGCUCAGAAGAGCGAGCAGAACCCACAAGUUUCUCACUCUCCAUAAAGAUGAUGUCCACCAAUACGUUGCAAGAACGCCCCUGUACCAAGAUGGUAAGAAACCUAGGACCAAAGCACCCAAGAUUCAGCGUCUUGUUACACCAUGUGUCCUGCAAUGCGGACGCCGGCCUGCAGCUCUGAAGAAACAACAUACGAAGAAAAACAAGGAAGAGGCUGCAGAAUGUGCUAAAUUCCUGGCUAAGAGAAUGAAGGAGGCCAAAGGAAAACGCCAGGAACAGAUUGCCAACAGAGGCAGGCUGUUCCCUCUGGCAGCUUCCACCUCUAAGUCUGAGCCCGGUCAAAAGUGA